AUGGAGUUGAAUAUCCUGGUAGUCACUGAUAGUCAUGAAGGGUAUGAAGAAUUAAAAAUAAUUGUCGAAAAGACUGAGCCUGAUAUAAUCCUGCAUGCAGGAGAUUUUUCUAGAGGUUAUGACGAUCUCCCAUCUGUAAAGAGACAGUUGGAAAUUUUAGAACACUUAAGAAAGCCAAUAUACUGGGUGCCAGGAAAUGUAAGAGAAAUUUAGCAUGACCAUAAUAGUUUUAUACUCCAUAUGAACCCUUUGAGAAAAUUUUCAGGCGAUUACUGUGAGUAUCUAAGUAGCGGGAAAUCUGUAUUAUUAGGAGAUAUUGCGCAUGAAAUUGCUCCUGGACUGUUUAUUGCAGGAUUAGGAGGUGCGCCACCAAGUUUUGUAGGAGAUAAAGAAAGAUAUUAUGGAAAACCAUAUCAAACAAAAACAAUCUGUGAUUGAGCAGUAAGACAAGUAUUGCGUCCGCAAUUAAAUAUGCCAGGGCAAUAUAUUAUUUUAACUCAUUUUGGACCUUUAGGAAGUGAUACGACCAAGAGUUUUAAGGAUGGAGUCGAAUCAGGGAACCAAGGAUUGACUGAUUUAUUGUAUGAAUUUCGUGAUAAAAUUUUGAUAAAUUUUCAUGGUCACCAACAUCGCGGAAAAGGAAUUUUUAUUUGGAAUGGGAUUCCUGUUGUAAACCCAGGGCCAUCAGUGUUUGGUAAUUAUUGCGAAAUUAAUAUAAGAUCAAUUGAUAAUCGCUGGGAAAUAGUUGGCAUUAAACUUCUUCCAAAUAAGAGCUAA